UCGAAGUACCAGCGCGCCGUGUACGCGACGAUGUAGCCCGGUAUGUAGCUUGAAGUGUACACGUAGUUUGAAGUAUAAACGUAGUUUGAAGUACACACGUAGUUUGAGUGUACACGUAGCUUGUAGUGUAUAAACGUAUCGUGGUGUUGCAGUGAUAGUAGUGAUAGUAGUUUGAGAAGGCGGAGGGCACAGGCGGCUGCCGUGGCCGCCUCAGCCGCGGGGCGCUCGAAGGACCCCGAAAAAAGGCGCGAAACUCGCGACGGCGGCGACGACGGCGCCGCUACAGACCAUAGCUGGAGAAGCCAUCGAGAAUGGCUGCCUCGAAGAGAAAGGCGACUGCUGCUGCAACUCCACCUGCCCGAGACGCCUUCCUGCAGAGUCUCGAGGAGGAGGAGUCGCCGUCACGGCUGCUGGAGAUCGUAGAGCGACACAAAAGCCGCACAGACCCAUUCUGCUUGAAGGAAGUGCUGGAGGAGUUGCCACUGCGCGCUCUGAAGGAUGCACUUGAGAGUAUCGGUAAGAUACUCACUGAGAGCCUGCUGCGUUGCCCCGCUGAGCAAUGGAACCCUGACCCACCGCAACACGACGACAUGGAGACAGAAGCCACGGGAUCGGAGUCAACUGUAGCUGUUGUGACGGCUGUAGCCACAGUGCUAUCUGUGGCUGUGAAAACUGUCAGUGCGGAGGUGAUAGAAGACAUUUUGGAGUCGGCUAUCAUUCUACAUGCCCUGUUGCCACUUUUCACCGAUUCUCACCCUAACCUAAGAAACACGGUCAUAAACCUGUGCGAGUCUUGGUGGGAGAGAGACCUACCUGGGAAAGAGGAGCUUGGAAAGAAUAUGAUCCUCACAAUUCUGCGGUGCAAUUUAAUACAGCAGAGCAAAGCCUUGGGUGCAGGGAUAAAGCGGUUGUGGAGCCUGCGUGAGAGCUUCCGGCUGUUUGACUUCUUGGGCAACCCACCCGAGACUGAGGAGUUGAAGGAGCUGCUGCUGCAGGGAUGCAUAGUGACAAAUAUCUACCUGAAAACCGAGGAGAGUCGUCGAUUCUUGUCCUUCCUUUUCGGUUUAAAUGUGGAUUUUAUCAAGACGAUUCAUGCCGUUCUUAAGAAGCACCUUCCUUCUUUGACUAAAGUGCAAGUGGGCUACUAUGCUGACAUUUAUUUUCAAGCCUGGAAAAAGGCCACAGGCCCUUACCUGAAGGUGAUGGAGGAACACUGCAUCCAGAACCUGAUGGAGCACGGCGUGUACCUGCCUUACAGCUCUCCAUUGAACUCCAAAGUGCGGCAGAUGUUGAGUUACUUCCACGCUCAGAAGGUCCGCCAGGGUGUGGACGAGAUGCUGCACCGACUGUACGAGCCAAUCCUGUGGAGGGCGCUAAAGGCAAGUAUUGGCCCUCACUCAUUUUGCCAGCAGUACAGGCAGUCCCCGGGUCACGAAAGGGUUAGGGCCCCGAAAACGAUCCGUAACCCGAAUUUUCUGUAUGUCGGAAACAACAAUUUUCCCCGAAAAACAAGAUACAAUCCCAUAGCCGGAAAUAGUUGUGCCUCCCCUACCCAAUUACUAGUUCGAUUUCUCUCAUUACUGUUUCGCGCUGUCAUCCGUUUUGCUAUCCCUACCUGUAUCGUAUAUCGCUGUACAUACGCUCUGCACUUCCUAUGAUUGUUUCAUUUAAUCGAAUAUCUACUCUAACACUACCCAUAAUGAAACUAAUGGAACAACUGUUUAUGAAUACCACAAAACAUUUUAAUAUUAAUUGUUAACAG